AUGUGGGCCAAAGGCGGUAACGUGGCUCAUCAACGUCCCUUGCCGCCUCUUCUCUGCUCCUCCUGGCUCAGCUGGCUAUUUUGGGAGGCGCUCGAGUACACCCGCCCUUCCCAAAGGCCAUCGCCAUCGCCAUCGCCACCGCACCUCGCCACUGAAUUACCACCACCACCACUAGCCAUACAUCCCUCCCCCUCUGCAUCUCCAUCAACCCAACAGCCACCUACCAUGACCAGCACACCCCCUACCAAUGCUGCCGGCGCCGGCUCCCAGGGCGUCGAGAUCCUCAAGAUCGACAAUGUCCGCGCAUCGCAGUCCUACGACGGCGAAGAUGUCACCCUGGGCCUCGGCACCCUCCGCGCCCUCCUCGUCGCCAUCGAGCUCCAGGGAUCCAGCACCCAGGACCACUCGGCCGCCGCACCCACCGACCCCGAAAAGCUCGACCAGCACCGCAACCUCUCCACCGACCUUUGGCUCGUCCUCGCCAUCGGCGACUCGUUCAGCCUCCCCAUCCCGGCGUUCCAGUCCAUCCGCCCAGAGCGAUCCGGCAACACCAGCUCGUACGUCAUGCCCUCGCACGACGUAGAGGGCGCAUCGAUCCGCUUCUCGCUCCCCGCACAGGCCACAAAGCAAGAGACCAAGCGCCUCGAGGAGAUCCUCGCUCAGUACUCGGCCUACCAGGACGACGACGCCACCGACAGCGGCACCAUCGAGCUCAUGGACGACCAGGGACAUGUCCUCGCCGUCGUCAAGGACCAGUUCCAGGUCGAGGAGGACGACGCCCUCUCCGAGUCCGGCCGCGAAAAGGACCCCGUCCUCAUCGACCUCGCCCCCGAGCCGGCCGCCGCCGCCGCCGCCUCUACCGGCAAGGACACGGCCCACGUCUCCAUCGCCCCCCAGGACCGCGAAAAGGGAGACUGGCUGCUCAAGGGCGCCGACUUUAUCUCGCGCAACAUUGUCAAGGGCUCCGAGUUCAUCGGAUCCAAGAUCACCAACGCCGCCGACAACUAUGUCGCCAAGAACCCCGGGCCUGGAUCGAGCAUCACCUCGCCGACGGACGAGAAGGGCACCUCGAGUGGCGCGCAGACGCCCACCAGCCAGCGCAACAUCAAGGUGCCCAGCGCUGCCCAGUCGGGCGCCGCGACGCUGUACAACUGGUCCGGCCAGGCCGUGCAGGUCUCUGCCAAGACGACGGGCAAGAUCACGGACAUGGCGGCCAACAUUGGCGACAAGAUUGGCAAAAAGACGGGCAUCCAGCGACAGGUCAAGGCCGACGGCACCCUGGGCCCGCAGCCCAAGGGCAUCCGCGGCUUCGUCAACCGCUCGCUGCUGGCCACCAACAGCGUGCUCGACGGCGUGGACGCGGGUGUGCAGAACCUCCUCUACUCGAGCUCGGGCGCCGCGUCGCAGGUGGUGGCGCACAAGUACGGCGAGGACGCGCGCAAGCUCAGCGAAAACAUUGCGCGCUCCGGCGGCAACGUGUGGAUCGUCUACAAGGACGUGCGCAACGUGCGCAGGAGCGCCCUCCUCAAGGCCGCACGCGGACGCAUGCUCAAGGCCCAGACGCCCGACGGCGCACAGGUCACGAUCCGCGUCGACAAGGACGGUCACGCCACCGUCGAACCCGACAAUGAAAAGUCGGCGGCAGCAGCGCCGACGUCGACUUCGACUGCACCUGCACCAGCAUCAGCUUCGGCAGGAGCGGCGCCGUCGGAGAAGACCAAGUCGUAG